AGUCUUUUCCGCAUUAUUGCGAUGCCUGUAAACUCUCCCGCUGCUGGCAGAAAUCUAACUGCUGAAAUCGCCGCUCCCGAAUUCCAAAAGGUCAUUCCGAAUGGUGUCAACGGCAGCGAGCAGCAAAUUCCCACCCGCGUAGACCCAGACUGCACGCCCCCCAUUGUAUGUCUGGAAGUGCUAGAGAAUGAGCUCACACGCGUGUUGCACAAUCGGACCGACCCGAGCCGUUUGGAGAAGGCUAAAAAAGUGUUAGAGAGAUAUAAGGGCAACGACUGGAUCAUCCAUCAAUCUUGUCCAAGUCAACACGGUUUCCACGUGUGCGGUUACUCUAGGGUCAAAGUCAGGCACAGGACGGACCUAUUUCAGUUACUGGUGCUCACUUGGUCGCCUAGGUCGAGGAGCCCAAUUCAUAAUCAUCCGUGCGAGCGGUGCUUUCUGAUGCCCUUGCAGGGCGAGUUGUACGAGGAGAGGUAUAAGGUUGAUGAGGAAGGACCAAAGGAGGCAAGGCAGGAGCUUAUCGCGAGAACUUUAAUACCAAUAAGGACGGCAGCAUGGAUCGACAACAGUCUCGGAUGGCAUGCUAUUGAGAACUCAGGCGACGGUUUGGGCGUAUCCUUGCACUGCUAUAUUCCAGCGUAUAACCAGUGUAAAAUUAUCGAUACUAUGUCUAAGGAGAUACGCAGUGUGGCGUGUCUGCCCAAGGAUGUCUGUAUGCAACCUCUACAUGAAGCGGUCAUGGAGAGGACUCGGAAGUAUAUUGCUGCCCAAGAAGACUGCUGCUCCGACGACAAUCCUCCAAUACCAGUGGUCUCGGCUCGAGGCAAGCAGGAUAUAGAGUCGGCUUUUGCAUCGGUCUCAUGUCCAAUCGCGUUCGAGGAGGAGUGUCCACCUAUGGAUGAUGAUUGCCUCAAGCGAGCGGUUGAUUUUACAUGCGACCUCUCUGUCAACACCGGCCAUUUGUUCUUCUUCAAUCAGCUCUUCGCCCGACCUGAUCCCUUAGCAGUUGCUGCUGAAGGCCUAACUGCCGCACUCAAUGUUAAUAUGUAUACCUUUGAGAUGGCGCCGGUGAUGCUACUUAUGGAACACAGGUUGUUACAGCAUAUGGCAUCGUUCUUGGGAUGGUAUGAGCAUAUGCUUCAGUUCGAUGGUAUGCUCCUACCCGGUGCUUCUCACUGUAAUAUCACAGCCUUGCAUGUGGCUAGGCAGCAGCUGUUUCCUGAUACCAUCAACGAAGGUCUUAUGGGAGCAGGACAUCCUAGGGGUAGAUUGAUGGUCUUCACAUCGGCCAACUCCCAUUGCUCUAUGGAGAGAGGAUGCAUGAUGCUCGGCCUUGGUAGGAAGAGUCUGGUUUACGUUAAAUGUGAUCCUGAGACCUGCCAAAUGAUACCAUCUGAACUCGAAAACUGCAUCAAUGAUGAGAUUGAGAAGGGCAACACACCUUUCUUUGUUAAUGCGACAGCUGGUAGUACGGUAGCAGGAGCCUUCGAUGACUGCAGUGCUCUGGCUGGGAUUGCGAAGAAGUAUGGAUGCUGGCUACAUGUGGAUGGUGCCUUGGGGGCAUCAUUUCUCUUAGCCAGGGGGGAAGAACCCUAUGAUAGUGGCAUGGACCAGGCUGAUUCGAUUUCCUGGAAUCUGCAUAAGUUGUUAGGAGUGCCUCUACAGUGCAGUGCUCUACUGUGUAGGCAUUCUGGUUGUUUGAAAGCUGCUCAUGAGGAACAGCAUGCAUCAGAGGUGGUUCUCACAAGGAGGAUGCGGGUUCGAUUCCAUGCUCAGGCAUUUCCGUGUUUGAGCCCGUUAGACACGGUGUAUUGCUCGUCCAUGUCGGGACGUAAGGCUGAUGCAUUCAAGGCAUGGAUACUCUGGAAGAAGAUGGGAGAUUGUGGUAUGGCCAACAGGGUCAGGCUGGUGUAUACACACACGCAAGAGUUCGCGGCUAUGUUGACGAGCUUCCCUGUGAGGAAGCAGUUCGACGAGGCACAGCUGAAGUAUGAGGAACCGAUCAUUGAGAAGAUGCCCAAUGAUGUUGAAGGUGCUAAUGACAAUGCCUUCCAUUUGGCUUUCCAACCAACGUCGGCAUGUACAUGUUUCUGGUGGGUACCCUAUGACCUUAGAGAUAGAUUUAUGAAGGAGGGCCCGAGUGCUCUGUCUAAGGAGCUAUUCACUGUAGCAUGCCGUAUGAGGGCUGCCUUGCUCUCCGAGGGUUCACUGAUGAUAUCCUUUUACUCCACUGAGGAGAAGCCUGCGUUCUGGCGUAUACCCAAUAUCAACCCGGAGAUCUCACAUGAGCACAUGUGGGCCAUCCUUAAAAUCGUCAAUAGAGUUGGGCAUUUCUGUUUCCCCCCUGGUACUAAGAAGUGGGAAAGUGACCCGUGCCUCCCGGGAGACUGUUCGAUGCCCUCCCGUCCUGCUACCCCGGCAAGCACUAGUUGGUUGGUGCCUCCGGAGUUUGACGAGUUGAAGAAAACGCGUUCGGCCGCACAGCUUUUGGGCGGCAUCGAGGCGACUGGCGAGUUUAUAUGAAUUUUUACAUGAGCAACUAUUCGACAUUUUUUUGCGCGCAUCGACCUCUAUCGGUCCGGUCGGGACAUCCGUUUAAGUGUAUUGCCGUGGCCGUCACCUUGGAGUGGGAAUUUUAUCAUGUCAUAUGAAGCAUCAUUAAGUCUAUUGUUAUGAGGUCAUAUAUGCGAACUUGGUAUAUCGACAUUGGUCUCGGUACCCUAACGAC